AUGUUGUUGCGGUCUUUGCUAGUAGCUACAGUCUCUUCCCAUCGAUUUCUUCUGACCCCUACACUCUGGUUUCUCUCCUCGGUCGUUCAUCCCCGAUUCUCACUGUUGGACGUGAAUAAAAACCCAUUUCUUCGCGGUAUUCUGAAAUCAACAUUCUACAACCAUUUCUGUGCCGGCGAAAAUGGUAAGGAAGUUCGAUCUACAAUUGAAAAUAUCAAGAACAUGGGUUUCAAAGGAGUCAUUUUGACAUACGCUCGAGAAAUCGUGGUAGAUGCAUCGAAAGAAGUGUCGGAAAGCUCUACCACAGCCGCCACUACAGAAGCCUCUUCUCUCGAAGCGGAGCAAAACCCGGACAUUGAGGCAUGGAGACAGGGCGUACUUGAAACUGUUGAGAUGGUGGGAAAUGGCGAUAUUCUAGCACUUAAACUAACCGGGGCCGGGGAACCGGCAAUGCGUGCCCUGCUGGCUAAAGAGCCUCUGCCCGAAGAGAUGAUGCUGGCCCUGGAGCAGAUCUGCAAACGCGCUGUAGAGCGCCAGGCUCGCAUUUUCAUCGACGCGGAGCAACAAUCUGUCCAGCCUGGAAUCGAUGACGUUGCUCUCGGCCUCAUGGAGAAAUUCAAUGUUGAUGGCAAGGUCGUGGUAUUUAAUACUUAUCAGGCUUAUCUGAAGAUCACUCCUGCCACACUCCUUGCGCAUCUCGAUAUCGCGGAUAAGAAGAAAUUCACGCUCGGUGUUAAGCUGGUACGGGGGGCAUAUAUCAAUUCCGAGCCCCGGGGCGUGAUCAACGAUACGAAGGCCGAUACGGAUGUUUCAUAUGACGCUAUUGCGCAGGGUGUUAUCAAGCGUGACCUUGGGCCUUUUGGCAAGGGAAAGCGCCCAUUUCCUUCCGCGGACCUCUUUCUUGCGACGCAUAAUAAGGAAAGCUCUUUGAUGGCUAGCAAGUGGUCGAAUGAGCUGGUUGCGGCGGGACUUCCUGCUACGAAGGUGCAGUAUGGUCAAUUGCUUGGCAUGGCUGAUGGAGUUAGCUGUCGAUUGUUGCAAAUGGGAUGUGUUGAAACAGAUGGUUCUGGAAAGGUAUCUCCUGAGGUUUUCAAAUGUCUUAGUUGGGGAACAUUAGGUGAUUGUCUGUCAUAUCUGCUCCGUCGUGCUGUGGAGAACCGAGAUGCGGUUGGUCGAACUAGGGAGGAAUACCUACAGGUUCGUCGGGAGGUUUUCCGUCGUAUUAGAAAUAUUUUCGUAUAG